CACUGGAAAAUAAAAACAAAGAACUUGAACAUAAUGAAAUGAAGUAUCAAAAUUCACAACACAAUGAAGCACGAUCAAAAAAUGAUGUUAAUAACACUUUACGCAAAAAAACUAACAAAGAAAAAGAUAUGAAUAAAAAAUGUAAAAUGUACAAGAAAUUUAAUAUAGAAUGCUAUGAAUCUAGUUCAGAAAAAUCAAGCUUUGAAUAUGAAUCUGAUACUGAGGAUAAUGAAAUUAAUGCUAAAAAGGGUGAUAAUGCUCAUCGUAAAAAUAAGCCUAAAAAUAAUGAUGAUAAAAGAAAAGCAAAACAUAAAACCUCUGUUCCUUAUAAUAAUCGAUUACAAGACCAAGAUGAUUUCAGUCCAUAUUUAAUUGAUAGUGAUAAUGAUCAAGGAAAUUCAUCUGUUGUUAAAUACAUAGAGAAAACUAUAGCAACUAAUAUAUCUCAUACAAAGAAAAAAAAUGAUGAAGCUAAUAAUCUUAAAUCGCAAGUCCGAUUGACGAAACCUACCAAAAAAAAAUCUAAAGUUGACAUUUCUGAUGAAUAUACUAAUUCUUUACCUCAAAGAUCAACUCGUAACCUCAAAAAUAACAAGUAG